CCACCCCACGAACUCCUUCCGUCCCGUGAUCCCGCCCAAAGCACCCUGGUAUCCUGAACUAACUUGAAGCUCUCCGUUCGGAUCCCUCAUUGUCGCCACAGCAGCAACCUAUACACACAGGGCACAAGGCAGUAGAAUCGCACAACAUACAUUUCAAGUAACCCACGAGUUGUGGACCUAUGGAUGACAGUCACGUAGUCGUUGCGCUCAUAGAGAAUCGUGCACGCGAGCCCGAAUGGCAGACUUAGCGGAAGGAAUUGGCGGAGUCAUGGCUCUUGCUUCACAUUCCUCCUUCGCAGCAGCUCGCAAGGUGACCAUGGCACGUGGCUGCUUUGACGACGUCAAGGGUGCUUUACUCGUCCAAUCUUACACCAAUGGAAAAGCCAACGGCACGAACGUGGAUAGGCACUACAAGGAGUACUACCUCUGUCUAGGUGCUGCAGCUGCACUUUUGAAGUGGUAAGUCACAGGUAGAAUCCUUCUUUCUUCUUGAUGUUGUCUUUUAUAAUCGAACAUCUCUGUUUAAUCAGGGUUGAAAGCGAGAAGUCAGCAGUGAUCAUGCAGAGGUCCCUUCAGGUUACUUUCAACGGCUCCCUCAACCACUUGUCAAUAGAUGCGACCAGGUACGUGCAUCAGUUCAUUUUUCUUCGUUGCUCAGUUGUUAACAUCAUUCGCUUUGUGCAGCAUACAAAAUCUGGAGGUGAUUGAACCACUGCCGGGAAAUUCAGAGAGAGAUGGGAAGAAAAAAGCCAGUCUUUUUGGUGUCCUGAAUUCAACAAAGACAUUGGGCGGGGCACGGCUUCUUAAAGCAAAUCUUCUCCAGCCGCUGAAGGACAAGGAAACAAUAAAACUGCGACUGGAUUGCUUGGAGGAAAUGAUUAACGAUGAGUCGCUGUACUCAGCAGUGUCAAGCAUUCUUCAGCAAUUCCCAAAAGAUCUUGAUCGUAUUGUGACAAGCUUUGCAUUUCGUCCACGCAAAGUUGCCGAUGAUGGCACAACUACUAGAAGAAAUAUGGUGGUGCUUUCAAGCAUCAUUCUCUUGCGAGAGACUCUACUUCUUGUCCCUCGACUUGCAGAGGUAUAGAAAUGGAUUUGUUUGACUUAUUUCUUGCGCAGUUCUUUUAAUUUGUUCUCACUCUACCUCCAUUACCACACUCGUGAAGGCUCUGAGUGGAGCUAAGUGUAGCCUCUUAACCAGCGUACGAGAUAUUGUCUGCAAGAAGCAAGCAUUUCCAAUUUUAUUAAAAGAGUAAGUACUUCUGCUGCUUUGACUUUCUUGGUCAUUUGAAUCAGCUCAUGCGGAGCUUUGGAUGCAGAAUUGAGCACAUUCUUGACGAGGACGUCAUGCACUCAAGGUCUCCAUUCAUUGCUCGAACACAACAAUGUUUCGCAAUCAAGGCUGGGUUUGAUGGCUUCUUGGACGUCGCCAGGCGCACGUUUUGUGCAACUAGUGAAGCUAUUCACUCUCUGGGGAAGUCCUACCGUGAGCAGUAUUCUCUUCCGAAUCUUCGACUCCCAUUCAACAACAGACGAGGGUUUUAUAUCAGAGUUCCAGUGAAAGAUGUGAAGGGGAAAAAGCUUCCACCCAACUUUCUCCAGGUAUAGUGAGCUCCACAUAUUUCUACGUUUAUGACAAGGGUUUGGACCAUAACUGUGGCAUGUCAGGUCAACAAGAAUGGAAAGAACUACCAGUGCACAACACAAGAGCUGGUCUCGCUCAAUAUUCGGAACAAGGAAGCUUCAGCUGAGUGUUUUCUUCGAGAAGAGCGCUGCCUCGAAGGAUUGUGUCAGCGAAUUAGGGAGGAGCUGACUGUGUUCUCUUCACUUUUGGAGAGUGUAUUCCUCCUUGACAUGAUCACCAAUAGCUUUGCAUUUAUUGUAACUACAAGCCCGGUGGACAGCUAUGUCCGCCCUGAGUUUACAGGUACAUACAGGCGGCUCAAUGUUAUUGCAUUCAGUUAAGUGUGAUAUUUGGCACCUUCUUACAUUGGCUCAGACCAUGGUCCUUUGGCCAUUGAUGGUGGUCGACAUCCAAUCGCUGAGGGGCUUCUCCAAGAUGCAUUUGUGGAAAACAACACGUUCAUGUCAGAGGCCUCAAAUGCUAUGAUUAUUACUGGUCCCAACAUGUAUGCACACCCAACAUCAAUCUUGGUCAUGCGCCUCUAAUGAAAUGUAAUGCUGACAUGCGGUUCUUCUAUUCAGGAGUGGAAAGAGCACCUACCUUCGCCAGGUGGCCUUGCUGACUAUCCUGGCUCACAUCGGCUGCUAUGUCCCUGCUCGGUUUGCAUCUUUCCGAGUGGUUGAUCGUAUAUUUACAAGAAUUGGGACUGGAGAAAGCAUUGAGGAGAACUCCAGCACGGUGCAUGUGCUUGCCAUUUUUACACUUCUUUACCCAGUGCAUUUUCGCUCUAGCUCAGAGUGUUCUUUGCUUGCAGUUCCUGACAGAGAUGCGUGAAACUGCAUUCUUGAUGGACCAUCUUACUCCAAGCUUGGAGAGCUGGCCUCCAUUUAUCCCAAUUGCAAAGUGUGCUACUUCUCAGUCGCAGUCAGCAACGAGCGACUUGCAUACAAGUACGUUCUGAAGGAAGGGUACACUGAUGUCCCACACUAUGGUUUGCGGCUCGCUGAAGCUAUGGGUUUUCCAGCACCAGUCAUGGGUGAAGCACAGCGAAUUGCUGAUAUAAUGGAACAGCAGGGAUCACGCCGGUUGGAAAUUGGCUACAGCAAGUUUACAGCGCUUCGCCGAGAUUACAUUGUCGCCCAGCGUCUGCUAUGCCUACAGCAAUCCAGUCUCGGUGACUCAGAGCUGAAGGAUUAUCUGCUGAACCUUAAGGCCAGCUACCUGGAUGGUAGUCUGGUUUGAGCUCGGCACUGAAACUCUGGGAAGGCCAUGAUGCAUUGAGUGCACUGCCCAAAAGCAUCUAAACAUCCUACUGUACCACGUACCGUAGCAGCAUUCAGAGAAUACCAGCUGCCUUGAUGGAACUGAGCCAUGUCUGAAAGGUGACAUGCGCAGAACAAACGGCAUUUAUGGUCGUGGCUCCGAGGUAUUGUUUAAACUACCUUGUCAGCGGAAACGGUCUUGCAGUUGGUGCAUCGCAAAUAGUGGAUUCACAUCACUAGGUUUUGGUACGGUAGUAGUUACAAGAGUGGAAGAGCUCGUUGACUCCUGGAUCUGAGCAGUUCACGAGGAAGAGUGAAAGGAGGGAGAGAUGUUAAUGAAACGAAUGAUUACUAGAGGUGGAAACCUAGAACAAAUACUAGUUGGUUGUACUCACUAGAAGCAUACCUCAGUCUAGCCUAUAACUUCUAC